UUAUUUAGAGUAGCUUUUCUGAUUAGCAUGAAGCCUUUCCUGUGCUCUUCUCCUUUACAAAUAGAUAGUGAUGACAAUGACAUAAUUGUAGAUUACGAAGAAGCGGGUAGUGAUAGGAAAUGUGUUGUUCUUUCUGACGACGAGUGCAAGGUCAAUUCAAAUGGAAAUUUUCCUUCUACCUCAUUAAAAAAGGUGAAUGGUUUAGUUUGCGAACCUAGAACAAAAAAGAAGGCAGAUAUUAUUUGUAUUGAUGACGAUGAUCUUCUUAAACUUAGUGACGAUGAUGAUUUGCCUGAAUAUACUGGUAAACACAAUAUUCCUCUUGUUAGACUGGCACAAGAAACGUUGGAUGCUGAGAAAUCUGAGAGGGAAAGACGAAAACGAUUGGAAGAAUCUAAAAGUGUUUUUAAUGGUAUUGAAUUAAAUACUGACGAUUCGGGAUGUAGCACCUUUGAAUGUACAGAUGAACACGGAAAUCCAACGUUAAAAAGUGUAAUUUUGGACCGAGAUAGUGAGAGUGAAGCUCCAAUUCCCGUUCGAGUACAUCCAUUUCUCGUCAAAGUGUUGAAGAAACAUCAGGCUGAAGGAAUUCAAUUCCUCUAUAAUUGUACAAUAGAAUCACUUUCUCGAUUGGAUGAACCUGGUGGUGGAGCAAUACUUGGUCAUUGUAUGGGUCUCGGAAAAACUUUGCAAAUUAUUGCGUUUCUUCACACUAUUUUGACGCAUGAAAAAAUUUCAAAGAAAAUCAAUAAAGUUUUGGUAGUUGUUCCUAAAAAUGUUGUUUUAAAUUGGAUGAAUGAAUUUGAAAAAUGGCUUUAUGGAGAGACUGAUUCGAUUAAUUAUUUGGAAUUAGAUUCUUGGAAGACUCAUGAGGAACGUCUUAAAACAGUUAAACGUUGGAUUAAUUAUGAAAGACCUGCUGUGCUUAUAAUUGGUUAUGAACUAUUUAGAAUUCUAACUUUUACUGAUGAGGAUAAGGCUAAUAUGAAUAGGAAUCGAAGGAAGAAUCUACCCUUGAAGAGGAAAUUAUUGACUUUAAAUGAAGAAAAGUUAGCAAAGCUUCGGCCGCAGUUUUGUGAAUAUCUACAGAAUGCUCCACAUUUAAUUGUUUGUGAUGAAGGCCAUAAACUCAAAUCACCUUCAACAGGGCUUUUCCAUACAAUUAAUAGAAUAAAAACGAAGAGAAGAAUUUGUAUGACUGGAACACCUCUACAGAAUAAUUUAGAAGAGUAUUAUUGGUUUGUAUUGAAUUUACCUUAUUUCAGUAAAUAA